AUGCUCCCUGCACAAGCUUGCCAGCACUUGCCGCAUUCCAGCAGCAGCCUGGUGCCGGCUUGGCGCCACCUGCAGGCAUGCCCGUGCCGCCACAAGGGAUGCCGCCCUGCCAAUCAUGCCCCAGAGGUGCUGGCCAAGCUGCUCGCCAGCGUGCCGCAGCUAACAGGUGGGCAGGACGACCUCAAGACGAUUCCUCCGCACGUUCUCGCCAUGCUCGCCAUGUUCCCGCCUCCCGGUUUGCUUCCCCCAGGCACGCCCGGCACUCCCGGCACUCCCGGCACUCCUGGCACGCCCAGCAGCCCAUCCGGAUCCGGAGCCCCACCACUCCCUCCCAUGUCUGCGCCAAUGGGCAACGGCACAAAAACAAUCAGUCGAGCGGGCAUGUCGCGCGAGCGUCCAAUGUCGGUGAUGGCCCCAUCCACUGCCAGCGUUGCCCGACACAACUCGGACAAGACGGCCUCCUCCACCACCCCUUCCGCCUUCUCCCGCGAGCGCACAAUGUCUGUCAUGGACUCGCGUCGCGGCUACAAUCGCGCGCGCUCCGCCAGCACUGGCCCCAAUCUCCCGUUCGAACGCCUUCCGGCCCCUGGCCCGCCGCUCCCACCAAACCACCCGCCGCCAAAGUCUCUUCCCGCCGAACUGCUCAACCGCCCCACGAUUGAGGACACCAUGACGCAGGAGGACUUUGAAGUGCCCACCUCCCCCGACGUCGCCUCCGCCUCCAAGCGCCACUACGAGGACAUUGAGGAGAUUCGCGCUGCCGUGUUUGCUCUCCAGGCCGCGGAUGCAGAUGGCGUGACCGCUGCCGAAGCCGAGGAUGCAGCGCCAGGCGAUGCUGCAGUUGCUGUUGAAGCAUCCUCGUAACAACUUUUUUUUUUGUUCCGUCCUUGUUCCGUCCUCCCUAACACUGCUCCUUCUCUAGAUCACAAUAGUGAUCUGGCGCUCCCCCUAUUUGUUUUCCUUCGGCGCGCUACCGGCGACUUCUGUGCAAUGGCUUCUUGUUUUCCCUUUUUUUCCUCUUUUUUUUUCCGUUUCUUUACAUUGAUUCAAAACAAACAACCAAGCCUGCAUCACAGCCGUGUGCCAAGCACUCUACUGCGCUGAAUUUCUUUUGACUGCUACUCUUCUAUUCGCUUUUUGUUGUUUGUAAAAAGCGGUAGCUGUAGCGGUCGACUUUUAUUUGAACACUUUUUUUUUUUUUUCGUUUAUUGUUUCGUUUUCUUCGUCUCUGCCUUCCCUCCCCCCCCUUUUUGUUGUGGGACUGUUCUGCUCUGUUCUUUUUCGUGAUGUAUCUGGUUGACCCUAACUACCUUUUCUUUUACUUUUUGCUCUUUGUUGUUUGACGUUGCUGUAUCACCAAUGAAAUCUGCCAAGUUCACCAUGUUUACCAUGUGUACUUUUGUCCCAUCUCUGAUCAAA